AUCAUUUCGUUUCAAAAGAGGGUUAAACAUCAACAUGUUAUUAUCUCUUAAAAGCCGAUUGAUUGAAUUCGCUCGAUUAAUUUCAUGUAUUAAGAAGGCGAAUAAAGACUAGUAAUAUUUACAAUUUGAAUAGAAUACAGACUGCUCUUUUCAUAGGAAGAAAAGCAAAUAAAAAAUUAUAAAAUUUUGAUAGGUUUGCAUAAUAAAAACUCGCUUAGCUAUUUCAGCCAACAUUUAAAAUGAGCUAGUGGUUUUAAGUGGAGACAAACAAUUUAAAACUUUAAAGAAUAUACAGUGUCAAUCAUGUCUUCAAGUAAGAGGCCGGCGAAAAAACAACAACAGGACCGAAAGAAGAAACAGGGAAAAGAUGGUAUUGACGAAAUAUUUGAAAAGAUGGAUUUAAACCAUGAUGGUCGAAUUUCGGUAUACGAGCUCACCAAGGCAGCUCGACUACUUGGUUUGAACCCGACCGCCGAAGAUGCUGAGCAAAUGAUAAAGGAUUGUAACCCGUCUCAGAAGGGCUAUGUGAAUAAGACUGAGUUUAGGAAAUUAUUCAAUGACCGACAAGCUGAUAUAGACGCACAAAUCCAAGAAAUUGUUAAAGCUUUCCAGGUGUUUGACAAAGACAAUAGUGGAACUAUAUCUGCGGAUGAAAUUCGCGAAGUUUUGAGAAAAUCUGGAGAAGACGUGGAUGAAGCAGAAAUUGAAGAGAUGUUAAAACUGGUCGAUGUUGAUGGUGAUGGUAAUAUAUCAAUAGAAGAGUUUGCCUGCGUCAUGUGCGAUUUAAACUAGGUAUGACGGGCGAUGAAAAUCUGAAAUGCGAUCAUUAUAGACAACUCAUUAUAUUUGCUCGUUUAAAUGUGUUCUGAAAUCAGAAACAGUUGUUUGAUAUAUUUAGAUGUUUGCUCCAACAACACAACUUAAACGACAUUAUGCCUCAGAAAAGAAAAGUAGCACUGAAUGUGAAAUUAUCUGUCAUAAAAGAAGCAAAAUGUAGACAAAGUACCAUUUUAAUUGACUUCAGUACAAUUACUAAAUCACUAACUAAAAAGCAACAGAAGAAAAAGAUGGUAAUUGGCCGAUGAGGAUUAGGAAACUAUAAGUGCACAAGAAAUAAAAGGUUUUUGAGAAAUAAAAAUUAAAGUAUACCUGACCUAUUUUAAUAUUUAAAAGAUGAUUUUUCUUCGUUUAUUAUAACACUACGAUUAGAGAAUUUAGAUAAACUGGGGAUAUAGACUUGAAGAUGCCAAACGGAUGGAGUAAUGUGAAAAUGUUCAAACAUUUACUCUUUUAUCAAAUGUUAGUGAAGAUGAGGUUACGUGUGACGUAAUAAAUUAAUAGAUGAAUGUAUGGAGACAAUUCAAGUUUUCCGUCUUUAGAUACAGGACGUAUUUUCGUCGAUUGGUAUGAAAAUAAAUAUUUCACAAGUGGUGGUAGCCACAAGAAUAAUGUGAUGUACAAGAUAAAAAUAAAUCCUAUAUUUAAAACAGUUCGUGUAAACAUUUUCUAUUUAUUAUAUACCCUUACAAUUCGAAACAAAAAUCCAGAAGAAAGUAGUCCGGCAAGAUACAAAUGUACCAGUGAAAGUAUGGAUAAUAUAUUUUACUGAAGGGAAAAAUAAAGUUUUACAGUAAAUGUUUAGACAAUAAAUUCACCAUUUGUUGUGUAGGUGAUUUCGAAAUUUAGAAUGGAGGUCAUAAAUGAUAAAAAUGAUAUUUAAAGAGUAAAUUAUAACUACAUGCCAUGUAUAAAUGAUAUAUGUACACAUAUUCAGCAUGUUCUUUUCUCACCAUUCUUUAUGUUAUUCAUUUCAAGUUUAAACUAACGUUUUAUAAAUUCUUAUGUAAAUAAAGUGUUGUGCCCUUUUAGUUUUGUUGCAUUUUUUGUUUGUUUUGCACAUAACGAAGGUUUCGGGAGACAUCCAAUGCAU